AUGAAAAAAUUAAUUAUUUCCACAGUUUUUAAAAUGCUUGUUUAUGGUUAAUAAGAUUUAGCAGAAGCAUUCACGCAUCAAGCGAUCGUGAUAGAACAAAACUAAACUGGCCUAAUUUAUGACUUUAUUGUGUGA